AUGUUCAAAACAGACAAACUAAAAGCUUUGGUGAGUGAGCGACUGACCGCCGCCGCCGAGGAAGUAUUCAGCAUCUUUGAACAAACUAUUAAAGAAUAUGAGGAGGCAGUUUUUCGCUCGAAGCAGCAGAUUGACCACCAGCGGAGUCUGGCCGGCUGGAAAGCCCCCCUGCAGCUCCCUGUCCAGGAAAAUGACGCCCACUCCAGGCAGGAUCACUGUGUGAGGAAGACUGGCCUGUGUGAGGAUGACCAGGAGGCCCCGCAGAUUAAAGAAGAGCAGGAGGAGGAACUGUGGGCUGCUCAGACGGGUGAAAAGCAGGAGGAGGAUGAUACCAAAGACUCUAUGUUCAACAUAAUUUAUGUGCAGAGAGGUGAUGGAGAUGGGCGACAGCACCCACAUCGAAACCAAGAAGAUGAAAAUAAAGGAGACCGUUUGUCCGGCAGCUCAUCUGAGCAGUUGAAAUCAGAACCUGAUCAUGAAGGCUGUGGGGCAUCAGAGCCAAACAGUGACUGUGAGGGGAGUGAAUUCAGCGAUGAUGAAUGUAGAGGCGGCGGAGGAUUUGACUCGGGCGGAAACAAGAAGAAACCGCAGGAAGCUGGCGAGGCAGCGGACAGGCCGCACACCUGCAGCGUCUGCAACAAGAACUUCAGGAUUAAGUCCAUUCUGACUCGCCACAUGAAGACGCACACAGGAGAGAAACCUUACAGUUGCAGCGUUUGCGGCAAAAGCUUCAUCCAGCGCUCCUAUCUGCAGACUCACAUGAACUCUCACUCCGGACAGAAGCCGUACACGUGUACUUUCUGCGGCAGGGGGUUCACGCAGGUUGGAAACAUGAAUGCGCACAUACGAAUCCACACGGGGGAGAAACCUCACAGCUGCACCGACUGCGGCAAAAGCUUUAGAGAGAAAGCAGAUCUCAUCAAGCACACUAUUAUUCACACUGGCGAGAAACCCUACGUUUGCUCCGUGUGUAACAUGAAAUUCAGCGCUCAGUCUAAUCUCAGGCGCCACAUGAAGACUCAUUCAGGGGAGAGACCGUAUAGUUGCACGGCUUGUGGGAAGAGAUUCAUCCGGCGCUCCCAUUUAAUCAUUCAUAUGAAGACUCAUGCAGGAGAGACUCUCUAGAACAAGGACUUUUUUUUAACCACUUCCCAAACUUUGUGCAAACCAUUUUGUCUUGAAGUUGUUGCCAUGUAGUUUGGUGCUGCAGAAUGAAUGUUCAGCAAGUUGUAAUAUUUUUUGUUUAUUAUUUAUGUGGAGUGCAGUCAUCAGAUGUUGAAUGAACUAGUCAAACAAAGUACAAGGCAUUUUUACCUCCUUCAAAAUCAUCAGCGGUUUGUCAUUGUCAUCCUUUUUAUUAUAGAGCGCCUAUGAGACACUUUACAGAAGGUAAGACGGUCGUAGAACGCAAGACACUAAAAUUUGGAGCACAACAUUAGUCACACAGUAAAAGUUCUGAUGAGGUGAGUUAGUGAUCUGAACUUUUACAGAUCGGUGCAGUGUCGGAUGUGUUUGGGGAGAGAGUUCAAGGCGGAGGGGGGCAGCUAUAGAGGAGGCUCUGACGCCCCAGGUCUGGUUCUUGGUCCUCAUGUGUACUUUCCGUGUUUUAAAACAUUACUCAAACAGGAGUAAUUAGUGUAUUUGUUUGGACUAAUUUCAGACUUUGAUCUGGUGCUGUAGUGUGUAUUUCCAGCACCAGGGUGGUGUAUGUGGGAUUGACUCACUAAUGUACAGUUACCACGCUCGUGGUAAUGAAGGAACAUACUACCCUGUGCAACGCUGUGGUCUCUGAUGUGUUUUGAUAGACAGUACUUGUUAGUAGUAUCUAUUAAUUGUUUGGUCUGUAUAUGAAACAACGAACAGUAAAUGGAAUCCUCUGGUCUUUUUAUAAUGAUGGGAUCAUAGAUGGCUGAAUGGAUUUAGAUCGUAGAUUAUCAGUGAUCACUGCCUUUGCCGGUGAUGUCCAGACAA